AUAUUAAGAUUCCAGCUUUGGAUUUGGUAUGCUUAAGAUAAUCAGAUGGAAAAAAUUGCACAAGUUGUGCUGGCACAAUGAAGAAACAAAUGUUUUAUAUUUUCUUACGAGAGAGCCUAUAAUGUAGAAUCCUCUGUCCCACACCCCUGUAUUAGAUAAAACCAGGGAACAUCAUCAAAUAUAUCAUGUAGAAAUAUGGUAACUUGUUCUAUUUAGGGAUAUACCUAUAUACAUUCCAAUUAUCAUAAGCACUUUCUUGAGACUUCUUUUGAAUAUAAUAAAAAGUACAUGUCGAGCUGUGAACAUCCCUGCUUUAUACAUGUCGAGUUGCGUCGAUGUCCUGAAAAUUGUAAUCAUAAUAAACAACCGUUCCUACUUGACAUCCUGGUAUGAUAAUUCCAAACGGUCAUGAUUAUACUCUUCUUAGGUACCAAAACAGAAGGAUGCGCUCAGUUGCGGUUAUUUCGUUUUGCUAUACGCUAUAUUAUUUCUACAAUCAUGCCCAGAUACCUUCAGUGCAACAAAAGGGUAUCCCUACUUUAUUAAAAAAAGUUGGUUUUCAGAUGACACAAUAGAAAGUUUCCGUGAUCCGUUGAAAAAGCUGUUUUCAGAGCUUGUUGUUAACGUACCACUCGUGCCAGGAAAUAAUCCUACCCUGGAGAACAAGAUUACAACUUUGAUAAGAUCAUAUUGGUCUUCUCUGGGUACAGGUCGUAGAUUUGCUGAUAAUGGUGAAAAACAUAAUUCAUGUGGUGUGGAGGAGAUAACAAAGAUGCCUAAUAAUUGUAAACGAAGUCGUGCUAUUAGUAAGGAGAUUGGAGAGUCGAUUAAAAUUUCGAAAGAAUCUAUGGAAAGGCAGAAAAUUUUACGCGGGUCCCUCGAAGAUUGUGAAUUUCCGAAAUCCACAGAAUUCAAGAUGCCUAAUAAUUAUAAACAAAGUGGGGCCAUUAUUAAGGAGAAUGGAGAGUCGAUUAACAUUUCGAAAGAAUCUAAGGAAAGUCAGAAAGUUCUACGCGGUUCCCUCGAAGAGUGUGAAUUUCCGAAUUCCACAGAAUUCAAGGAACUUCGUAAAGAUCUAGACUACUAUCAGUAUCUCCAACGUCAAUUGGUUGUACACGUCGUUGCAGCGUCUAAAAACAAAGAAACAAAAGAAACAAAUAGUCCAGCGCAACAUUUCAUGAAAAGGUUCAUCCAAAUGAACCAGGACUACAACAACAUCAUUGGUUUUCUUGUAGACAAAAACAAGUAGAUUUUUAAGGGGUUUGUUAUUUUUAUUUGACUGAAGUUUUAACGCUGUUAAGAAUUUGACAAACACACUUUUCCGCAGUGGAUUGUAUGUUAUUUAAAAUUAUAAGAUUUUUAUGGAUUUUUAUCUCUAA